UGAGCACGAGCUCCGAGGGAGCCCGAAAAGCAGGACCAGAGCUGAGCCACUUCCCCAGAGCACGGCCGUGUCCACAGCCAGGCCCACGGCCAGGCCCGGGCGGCCAUGAGCCGCCUGCGUGGUGCUGGCUGGGAAAUGCAGUCUGGCUCGGGCACGACUCCAACCCGCUGGGCUGCCUACAAAUCCCAGCACGCCGGGGAGCGGAGCUGCACCCCAGCCCGGCUCCUGCCUGCUUCCUGCCAGCACGGGAAGGGGGAAAUAUAAACAGCAGCAUCUUGGGCAAAGUUUGGAUGCUGCCACCGGACAGGCUGCACCAGGGAGCAGCGGCAGCGCUCGCAGUUGAAAGUUGAAGAUGGCAGAGCCUGAAAGCACAGUCAUAAACACUGAUGUGAAACAGAAAGACCCCAGUGAGGCACUGGUCAUUGCAGUGACCACCAGAGCCAUCUUCAAUCUGGAGGAGGAGCACAAGCUCUACCUGGAGAAGGGCAAGGAGGAGUACGCAAGGCACCAGCAGGCCAACCAGGACAAACCCCUGCCACCGGGCACGGCCUUCGCCUUCAUCCAGGCAGCACAGUAUGUGAAUGAGAAGAUCCUGGAGAGCAACCUGGCAGAGAAGGACCUCUUUGACAUCCUGGUGGUCUCCAACAAUAGCCCAGAGAGCGGCGUGCGCAUCAUCAACAGCGCCAAGCACUACGGCCUGGAGAUAUCCAAGUUCUGCUUCGUCAGCAACAAGGACUCCACGCAGUACCUGAAGUCCCACGGCGUCAAGCUCUUCCUCUCAGCUGACAGGAUAGAUGUCUGCAAUGCCCUCCAGAGAGGGGUCUCGGCAGCACUUGUCUUCCAGCAGGAGGUGCAGGCCCCGAGCACCCCACUCCGCGUGGUGUUCGACGGGGAUGCCGUGCUCUUCUCCAACGAGACGGACCAGGUCUUCCAGGAGCAGGGGCUGGAGGGGGCAGUGCGAUAUGAGCGGGCAAUGGAGGCUGUGCCCAUGGGAGAGGGUCCCCUGAAGGCUUUUGCCAUGCACCUUGGGAAGAUCCGCAAGAAGUUCAGCCAGGAAAAAUCUCCCAUCCGCACCUACCUGGUGACCGCCCGCAGUGGCCGAGACAUGGGCGUCCGAGCCAUCAAGACACUCCAGGAGUGGGGUCUGGCCAUCGACGAGGCUUUCUUCAUGGAUGGGGCUCCCAAGGGCCCCAUCCUCGCCCAGAUCCAGCCCCACAUUUUCUUUGAUGAUGGCCUUCAUAACAUCCAGGGGGCUCAAGAUGUGGGCGUACCCUCUGCCUGGGUCCCUUCCUGCUACUGAUGGGCUGCAGGCCAGUAGUCCUCCCUCCCAGCAGCACAGGGGACUGGGCCAGUUGAAGGCAAACCUUCUGGUGGAGAGGGAAGGAUUUCCUAAGCUGCAGCAAGCAGCCUCAGGGAAAGGGGGUGAGAGCAUUGCAUGAGAGCACAGACUACCAGGCAAGACUUGAUGCUCAUUUCUGCUCCUGAUAUGAGGUCCUUUAGGUCUUAGGAUAAAGCCAAAAGAUGCAACUGCUCCAGGAAGGAAGGACAGUCUUGCUGUGACACUGAAGACUAUCACCUACCUGCCCUGUAGGAGCUAGAGACUUUUCUCUUCUACAAAUAAAUAAAUGAAGCUAUUACCCCACACAUGAGCUAAAGGAAGCAUGAAACCAAGCACUAAAAAAAGCUAACUUUAGUUGUGCUCAGACAGUCUCCAAGAUUUACUCCUAGGACCUCUGCCCAAAGGAAGCGCUCAAGACCCUGCCUCACCAGACACACUCAGCUUGGUUUCCUGGGGAGGCUGAUGUGUUAGCAGACAGCUCCAGCCAAACUCAGCAGAGGGAAAAAGACUUCAAAGCCAUAAAAAACCUACAGGCUUUUUAGAAAUGGGUGACCAGGUUGAAGAAGGAAAGCCCAAGCUCUGCCCCUAUACAGAAGAGGGUAUAUCACAAGUCACCUUUCCUUAGGCACACAGGCUGCUCACAGAGUGCCAUUAGGAGACCCAGACCUGUAGGACACUGAAGCUGCAGGAGAUGGGCCAGGAACAAGACUGCAACCCAGAUCUGAAGUCUAUCCUGGAGGCAGAGCUACUAUGUAGCUCUGAUGUCUCUCCAGGAGAGGGCACUGGAGAUGGGCUGCCUACAGCACAAGCCAUGCAGGGACCAGUGCUGCUAACCAGCACCCUGUGGACCAGGGCAGGACUGGGUGCUCAGGCCUGAGCUUAAAUGGGUCUCCAGGGCCAUGGGUGGAGAGUGUGGGUGGGGGUUCCCAGGUGCAGCUGCUCAGCGCAGACGGGGUUCAUGGGUAUGCUCAGGACCCUGCCCAGCACCAAGCUACCCUGCAUGCAGGAAUGCCUCUCCUCCAGCAAUUUGGACUCUGCUUCUAAUUUUCCUGGGGAGCAAGCAGCCCCCCAAGAUUCAUUUGCAGGUUUCUUUCCCCAGGGCUGGAUGUGAGCAGUUGUCACUAGAGGCUGCUGUGCUGCCUGGAGACACAGCACCCCAAAUUCCUGGGAGCUCCCCAGAACCACCUUGUAAGAAAAUACAAACUGGCUGCUCAGGGCAGUGCCUGCUGGGUGGCAUUGGGAUUAUGGAUGGAGGAGAUGAAGAUGACUCUGGCUUAGUUUUUUUAAUCUCAGCAUAAUCAGAAGGUAAUUUUUCUUUUAAAGCUUCACAAGCAUUACUUUCACCAGUGCUUUCUUCCCCCCAAUAAAUAAAUAAAUGAGCA